AUGGAGCAAAGGAUGUUGGAAGCAGCUCGAAAGGGCAAUAUUCAUGAGCUGGACGACUUGAUUAGCAGCAAUGAGCUCAUCCUCGAGGAGAUGGAUCUCGAAGGAGCCGGUCACACGCCGCUGCAUGUUGCUUGUGUGGCUGGCCAUUUGGAUUUCGUCCGAGAGCUCCUGAAGCAUAUACCGAAGCUCGUGGAAAAGGUGAACGCAGAUGGUUUCAGUCCGCUGCACAUCGUAGCGGCUCGAGGUGAUGUCGAGAUUGCGAGGGAGCUCUUGAUAGUGGGUCCGCAGCUCUGCUCUGUGAAGGGACGGGAGAGAAGGGUCCCUUUGCAUUAUGCCGCUGCGAACGGGAAGGUCGAUGUCAUGAAGGUACUGCUCGCCGCUUCACCUGAGUCCGUUGAAGAGACGACCGCUCGAGAGGAGACUGUGUUUCACCUUGCCGUGAAGAACAACCGAUUUGAGGCGGUGGUUGUGUUGGUGGACCAUCUAAAGCAGCACAAGAAGGAGCAGGUGGUGAACUUCCUGCUUUAUAAGCAUGCUAUGGAGUCCGAGGUCAUGGAGGUGAACGCUAUGAACGACAGUGGGUUGACUCCUCUCGAUAUCUCAACUCCCUUGCGAAGGGAAGCAGGAGAUAGAGAGAUCAGAGAAAUCCUCAUUAGUGCGGGAGCCAAACAUGGGAGAGGAAGAUCAAACUCGCCCGCAUCAAGUCCAAUCUCGGUGGACAACAACGAUGUCGAUGGUAGUAACAGUCAUCAAGCAGCUGAGGAGGAACCAGUUAAAGAUGCUCCUCAGUCAUUACCACAUUCGCAAUCGAAGAAUUCAAAAGCAGAAAAGGAGUCGUUUGGUGACAUCCGCAAUGCCCAGUUAGUCGUCGCCGCGCUCAUUGCGAGCGCAACCUACCAAUCUGUGCUUCAGCCGCCAAAGAUAAUAGAAGUCGACAACGACAAACCAGGUCCUUCCAGGAAAUCUAGGACUGAAUACUAUGGUGCGGGCUUGGUGUACACUCUCUUCCUGGGCGGCAACACACUAGGAUUUGUGGUGUCGGUCCAGAUGAUCAUUUGCCUCACCAAAUUUAUCCCCAACCACGCCAGGCUACCGCUUAAGCUGCCGCUUAGGCUAUCCCUGGUCGCCAUGGUUCUAACUUAUUUUUGCUUCACGUUAUCCCUAUUGCUCAAGACAAUGGGUAAAAAGAGUCCAGCCCAGAAAGCUCUUCGCAUGACGCCGCUAAUGAUAUCAUUUAUUCUACUGCUAAUGCAGCAGUGGCUGGCACGCACUAUAGAUUAUUUCUUGGAACGGCUUGUUGGAUUGCACGUUCUAGGUGAUAUGUACCGGCUAGAGGACAAGGACUCAGAGAAUAAGGACUUAGAGAAGAAGGGCAAAAGUAAGGGUUGUAAAUGA